AUGAUUGUGGAUUUGGUGAGUGCUGCUCGUCAAGCAGAUUGGGAUCGCGCUCGUGAACUCUUGUACCAUCACUGGGGUUCGGAAUGUCCAAAGCUGUACGCACCCAAUCCCGAACAUCCGUGGGAAGUUGCUCAAGAUGAUAAGGAUAUCAAUUCGGCACUGUUCGUACCAUUGGCUGGUGCUUUUUGUGCCAACUCCUCGGUGACGGACUCUUCCCUUCGGCCUCUGAUCGAACAAGCUGGUCUCUCCUCAGAACGUCGUCGACCAGGUCAAAUAUGUGGUCAUGUCUUCAAGAGCGGUGAACUCACAUACAGUUGCAACGCUAUCCCCUACUCAUUGCCAGAGUCUCUCGAAAUGAGACUCAGAGGAUUGGCAUGCCUUAUUCUUCAGUAUUCUACAAAAUUAAUAUGUUGGGAAAAAGCUGAUGUUCUGCCAAUAAACCUGACAGUAGUUCCAAUGGAAAAGCCAGAGGUACCAAAUAUUGCUCCCUAUGUGACCGUAUUGUACAAUGACGAAACGCACACAUAUGAAACGGUCAUUCGAGCGCUGGAAAUGUUCAUAAAUUGUACUAAGGAUCAAGCAAUGUUAAUCGCUACAAUUGUUGAUCGUGAAGGUCGAAGUUCGGUAAAGGUUGGACCGAAACUAGACUGCGAGCGAGUCAAAUCUGAUAUCCAGCGCCGCACUCUCCGUGACGUGAACAGGCGAACUGAAAAGGCAGGCCCGCUUGAUGUGAAAGUAAUGGACGGUGCCUUGGUGGCUCAUCAAAAUCACGCUAUUGCUCUUUUAUCUUGGUUGAAUUCGCAAAUAGAUUCUUUUCCAAUUCUCGGCACUAUAGUGGGGGAUAUUUUGUUGAAUACUAUGGUCGAAAAGGACGAUGAUGAACUCGAGGCCCAGGAAACGAUACUCGUUCGACUCUUGCGAAUAGUAUGGGUUAGUAUGCUCAUCGAUCCGGGUUUAAACGUGAUAUUGUUAGCUGCGCGUGCUAACACUCACCAGAUGUUGAUGAAGACCGUACUCAUGAAUUUUGAACAGAAGGUAUUCUUCUCAAAAACGUUCCUCGAGGGGAUGGAUGAAGUGAAACGACUCUCUGUAGAACAUCAAGUUUGGGAAUUGGAAUGGGAAACAGCAUUCAACAUUCAACUUCGCAUACAGGAUAGUCUGGGCUACGUUAUCGCUUGGGCGGGAUCUGACCGUGCAACCCAUCGUGCAUUCUUACGUCUUUGCCUUGAUGCACUUCUGCUUCACCCUCCUUCAUGCUUGGAAGAGCCGGCAGGGGCUACUCACACUGUCGUUGAUGUCAACGGAGAAUCAACAGUUAUAAGUCCAUUUGACGUUCUGCGUGGUGCUGUAUCUAUCCAUCAGCCGUUGUGGCGUCUAACAGCAGGAUUGUUCACAGUUAAUAGCGAUCUGCUGCAUUUCCUAUUGCUUCCUGACUCCAGUGAUUUCUCAGAUGAUGAGAGAUAUAUUCGUCAACAGAUGAGAAAGAUGGCUACCAUUCUGUAUGAGAUGCCGCUCAGGGCUCUUGUUUUGUGCGCUCAAGCAUCUGCUCAGUUAUGGCGCCGUAAUGGAUUCUCAUUGGUGAAUCAAAUUCACAAUUACUACUCACCGCUCUGCCGCACGGAAAUGUUUGACCGCGACUUGCUGAUGAUGCAGGUUGGAGCUGCGAUACGUCCACCAACGGAUUUUCUGCUGCACAUCAUAUGCCGAUUCCGAUUAGUACAAUGGGCUGAUCAGUCUGGUGAUGGAGGGUCGAAGCAUUCCACUCCAUUUGGAAAAAUGGAGCCUGAAGAAACUGGAAAAAUCAUAGUCAUAUUGGCGGAGGAAAUGCUGCAUUUACUGAUUAUGAUACUUGGUGAAAGAUACCAUCCUGGUGUGGGAAAAUGUACGUUCACGGAACAAGUGCAACGUGAAGUAAUCCAUGUGCUCUGUACAGGACCACAACCCUUCAGCCACAUUCAAAAGCGGAUGUCUCACGAUCCUAUGGUGGAGCGCAUAUCUCUGCAUGAAGUCGUUAACAGUGUCGCCAACUUCGUAAAGCCAACAACAACGUCUGCUGGACAGUGUUUCAUUUUCUGUGAAAGAUCUCCUAUGGCUCUGUUCUUGAUCGGUAUGGCUCUGCAAGAACAAGCUCGAGAUCCUAAUCGCUUUGUCUUCACGGAAGUUGCGGAGAAAGAAGAGAUCCUACGUUCACUGGAAUCUCUUUCUGGUUCAGCUGAAGUUGCCACUCAUGCAGACCUACUUUGGUGGACAAUACAGAAAUACAAAGAGGUACAACGUCUGUCCACUACUGGGCAAACAACUGAAAGACGUGGAGAAGUAAUAGAUAGUCAGGAGAGUCCUAACGAUGCGAAGGCAAAACGGGCUGCUCGAGCUGCAAAAAUGCGUGAACAAGCGAUGUUGAAGAUGUCAAAGAUGCAAAAGUCUUUCUUGAAAGUCUUGGAAACAGAGAAUCCUGCCUCAACGGAGCCGGCCGUACAGGACGGCAUUUUGGCUGAAUUUCGUGGCGAUGAUGACGAAGAUUUUGUGAGCAAGCAACAAGACCAUGGUUUCCCCGUUUGUUUGGGUCCUCAGCGAAGCCGUGUGGAGGAAGUCUUGCCACGAAAAGUGACCUGCAUACUUUGCCAAGAGGAAGAAACACUCUCUCCGGAAAAUGGAAAAGCAUUCGUUUGUGCCGCCUACGUCCAAAAGUCGCUGCUCUUUGCGCAGCAAGGUGAGCCUGAAACUGAAGCCAAGCUGCGAGAUUUGGCACCGGCAAAUCUUCUCUUUGGCGUUGACGCUUCAACAUGCUCACAUACAAUGCAUUACGAGUGCUUCCAUAGUCUUUCUGAAACCCUUCUAAGUAGAGAACGCCAGCGUCCGCGUCAGCAAAUGGUUCUCAAUCAAAAAAUGGUCGAUCCGGAGGUUGGAGAGUAUCUGUGUCCGCUUUGCAAACGUCUUUCGAAUACUGCUAUGCCUUUACUGCCAGCAUUGCAGUUAAUGGAUAUCGAUGGGUUUUCCACAGCAAGCAGCGAUGCACCUGAAAACUUCGAUAGUUGGGUUAGCCGAGUGAAAAGUCUCUUGGACACUCCGCUUGUUCGACAGACUCCGACACAGAAACCAAAAUCACAUAGCAGAAAAAGAUCUCACUCUGAGCGGUCUCUGCUGGAACUAGCCAAGCAAGGUGAUGAGCUCUCCACAAUGCCCCUGGAUAACUCUUUGUCAACGUCAGUGCCAUCUGCUUCGACUAUGUCGUUGUUGUUGGGCCAAAAUGCUUCAGCUCGGAUGGUGUCUCAAGCCGCUUCAAGCACUUCAUGCAAUGCAAUGGAAGUCGACGUCGAGGAAGAUCCUCAGAGAGCUGUGGAUCUAUUCCGUGAGAUGACAGAGAUCAUGCGUGUUCAAAAAAUUCGGAUGUUAGAGCGGAUGAGCGUUGGUCCGUCGUAUGAACGUUACGAAGAAAUGGUGAAGGUGUUCAGCAGCAUGUUGAUCCAUAAGUGUAAUUAUGUCGAUUUGAGCUCAUUCGUAAUACCUUGGUUUGUGACGUGCUUCGCAUACAAAAUAUAUUUAGAUCGGAUGGCGAGGUGCCGAUUAGAGUCAAAAGCUCGCGACGCUCACGACGAUGUCCACAGUCCACCAGCUGCGCUAGCUGUUUGGAAAAGUGCUGCUCAUGUGGCUAGGACAACGGCCGCUGUGCUAGCUUAUGAGCGAAAACCUCUCUUCUGCGCCAUGAACACACGUCAGCGUGACUGUCUCCUUGCAAUGGCUCGUCUCUCAGCAGUGCUUUCCUUCUGCAUCCAGCUUCUACCGGACUUCAUCGCAAACAUGCUGCGGGUUCUGCUUUCACCACCUCCACUAGCGACAAGUUCCGGUGCUGCCCCAGUCAGUCCACGAUCACCGGAAUAUCACACCGCUACCAGCCCCGUGCACAGCUUCACAAAUGCC